AAAAGCUUUUUUGCGAACCCUUCUGGAAAUUUCUAAUAUCUAAUUAGCUAGAGUCUUUAAUUGUGAAGAAAAUUACUCGUAAUUUCAAUCAAGAAUAAACUAAUAUAAUCUGCAUUGACUUCUUUCUUAGAUUUUUUCAUUGACAUAUAUGACUUGGAAUUGUCCUUUUUCUUCUUCUUCUUCUUCUUCUUCUUCAUUAAGCCACCUCUCUAUAUAUAUACUUUGAACCUCUCAAAUUAAUUCAUCAAUCAAACCAAAAAUCCGAACAUAAUCAAAUUUUUUCACAGAACACAAGAUUAAAUUCAAAAAUGGCUGAAGAAAAUUCUGUCAAUGGUGAAUAUUAUGAUCUGACCUCUCUUUUCUCUUCAGAGGGCAGAGAUUUUCUCAUUCGUAACAAUGGAGAACAGGUUAAAAUCAAAGAUUUGAGUGGAAAAAUUGUGGGUCUCUAUUUCUCCGCCUCAUGGUGCCCUCCUUGCCGUGGUUUCACCCCAACUUUGAUCGAAGCAUACAACGAGCUCUCCUCUAAAGGGGACCUUGAAAUUGUCUUCGUUUCAUCCGACAGAGAUGAAGACUCCUUUCAGGGUUACUUCUCUAAGAUGCCGUGGCUUGCCAUUCCAAAUUCUGAAAAAGAUAUGAUCAAGAGCCUUGGGAAAGAAUUCAGUGUAAUGGGGAUCCCUCAUCUCGUGUUUCUCGAUAAAGAUGGAAAGGUCUCGACAAGUGAAGGGGUGGAAUUGGUGAUGGAGCAUAAAGCUCAAGCAUACCCAUUUACCCCCGAAAGAAUCAACCAAUUGAAAGAGGAGGAAGAGGCUGUAAAGAGAAAUCAAAGCUUGAAAACUCUUUUGGUUUCUGAUUCUCGGGACUAUGUGAUUUCAAGUAAUGGAACUAAGGUUUCUGUAUCGGAUCUUGAAGGAAAGUUGGUUGGACUCUAUUUUUGUGUCGGCGCUUAUCAGCCCUGCAUUGAGUUCACUGAAAAACUUCUGAACGUUUAUGGGAAACUCAAAGAGAAAGGCGAGAACUUUGAGGUUGUGACAAUCUAUUUGGAUGAAGAUGAUGAAGCUGGAUUCAAAGAAGUCGCAGAAAAACCAUGGUUAUCCUUGCCUUUCAAGGAUAAUAAGAUUGAAAAGCUGGCUCGUUAUUUUGAGCUUCGAAGCAUUCCUAGGCUGGUCAUCAUUGGGCCAGAUGGGAAGACUCUAAAUCCCGAUGUUUCAGAAUUGAUAGAUGAGCAUGGUGCCGAAGCCUACCCUUUCACUCCCGAAAAGCUGGUUGAGCUUGCUGAGAUCGAGAAAGCUAAACUCGAGUCGCAGACCCUUGAAUCCGUUCUGGUUUCAGGAGAAAAGGAUUUCGUUUUCGAUAAGAGUGGCUCUAAGGUGCCUGUGUCUCAGCUUGUUGGAAAGUACGUGCUAAUUUACUUCUCGGCACACUGGUGCCCUCCAUGCCGUGCUUUUACUCCAAAGCUUAUCGAAGUAUACAAUGAAAUCAAGGCAAAGGAGAAUGCAUUCGAGAUCAUAUUUGUCUCGAGUGAUCGUGAUCAGUCCUCGUUUGAUGAGUACUAUUCAGACAUGCCUUGGUUGGCUCUCCCAUUUGGCGAUGAGAGGAAAUCCUCUCUGUCUCGUAAGUUCAAAGUCAGGGGUAUCCCGUGUCUUGUUGCUAUUGGACCUGAUGGUAAGACAAUUACCACUGAAACCCGACAACUCGUAGCAGCUCAUGGGGCAGAUGCAUUUCCCUUCACCGAGGAUCACAUAAAGAAUCUUAAGGAGAAAAUCGACGAGAUGGCAAAGGGGUGGCCUGAGAAAGUGAAGCAUGAGCUUCACGAACACGAGCUGGUGAAGACUCGUCGUGAGGGAUAUUAUUGUGAUGGAUGUAAUAACCCAGGGCAGAGCUGGUCUUUUAACUGCAAGGAGUGUGACUUUGAUCUCGAUCCCAAAUGCGCUUUGAAGAACGAGGAAAAACCGAAAGAUGAUGAGGGGAAGGUUGAAGCUAAGGAAGGAUACAUUUGUGAAGGCGACGUUUGUCGUAAAAUCUAGAAAUGUCCAUCACUGCUUGACCUAUACAGAGUUAUCAGGCUGUUAUGUAUAUCAAGUGGAUGUGUAGUGCUUGUGUGUUCUCCUUUGCUUAUCAUGAAUAACGUUUUGUUUUAGUGAAAAAAACUGAAUUUAUUGUAUUUAUGUCUUAAAGAUAUUUCAACCUAUUUUAUUUAUGUC